AUGGCAGCAAGUCCACAGCCCAAUGCCACCUUCCUAUACCCAGACUUCAUACUGACUGGCAUUCCGGGGCUAGGGAGUAUCCAAGCCUGGCUGACAUUGGUCUUCGGGCCCAUGUAUGUGCUGGCCCUGCUGGGCAAUGGAGCACUGUUGGCAGUGGUGCGGACAGACUCCUCACUACAUCAGCCCAUGUUUCUACUCCUGGCCACACUGGCAGCCACAGACCUGGGUUUAGCCACAUCUAUAACUCCAGGAUUGCUGGUUGUGCUGUGGCGUGGGCCCCGACUCAUGCCAUAUGCUGCCUGCCUGGCCCAGAUGUUCUUUGUACAUGCACUGACUGCUAUGGAAUCUGGUGUGCUUCUGGCCAUGGCCUGUGAUCGUGCUGUGGCAAUAGGGCGUCCACUGCAUUACCCUAUCCUAGUUACUAAAGCUCGUGUAGGCUAUGUAGUCCUUGUACUGGCACUGAAAGCUGUAGCUAUUGUUGUACCUUUCCCUCUGCUGGUGGCACGAUUUGAACACUUCCGAGCAAAGACCAUAUGCCAUGCCUACUGUGCACACAUGGCAGUGGUAGAGCUGGUGGUGGGUAACACACAGGUCAAUAACUUGUAUGGGCUGGGACUUUCAUUGGCCGUGUCAGGUGUGGACAUUCUGGGCAUCACUGGGUCCUAUGGGCUUAUUGCUCACACUGUAUUACAGCUGCCCACACGGGAAGCCCGUACUAAGGCCUUUGGUACGUGUAGUUCUCACAUCUGUGUCAUUUUGGCCUUCUAUGUGCCUGGUCUCUUCUCCUACCUCACACACCGCUUUGGUCAUCAUACUGUCCCAAAACCCAUGCACAUCCUUCUCUCCAUCAUCUAUUUGCUUUUGCCACCUGCCCUCAACCCCCUCAUCUAUGGUGCCCGCACUAAGCAGAUCAGAGAUCGACUCCUGGAAAGCUUUACAUUCAGAAAAAGCCAUGUCUGA